GGGCGAGGAGGAGGCCGCAGCUGGAGCGGAGGCCGGGCCGGCUGUUUGUUGUCAUCCCAAGAUGGAGUUUCUGCUGGGGAAUCCGUUCAGCACCCCGGUGGGGCAGAGCCUGGAAAAGGCGACUGAUGGCUCCUUGCAGAGUGAGGAUUGGACACUUAACAUGGAGAUCUGCGACAUUAUCAACGAGACAGAAGAAGGUCCAAAGGAUGCUAUCCGAGCACUGAAGAAAAGGCUGAAUGGAAACAGAAAUUACAGAGAGGUGAUGCUGGCUCUAACGGUAUUGGAGACCUGUGUGAAAAACUGUGGCCAUCGCUUCCAUGUCCUCGUGGCAAACCGAGACUUCAUAGAUGGUGUUCUGGUGAAAAUCAUCUCGCCCAAGAACAAUCCUCCCACCAUUGUACAGGAUAAAGUACUCGCCCUGAUUCAGGCUUGGGCAGAUGCAUUUCGAAGUAGCCCCGAUCUAACUGGAGUAGUGCAUAUUUAUGAAGAACUCAAAAGGAAAGGGAUAGAAUUUCCUAUGGCAGAUCUUGAUGCUUUGUCUCCAAUACACACACCACAGAGGAGUGUUCCUGAAGUAGAUCCAGCAGCAAAUAUGCAUGUGUCCCAGUCCCAGCAAAAGACGAGCACGAGUUCCUAUUCAUCCCCAUCUCCAACUGCAUAUUCAGCUCCUCAGGCCCCACCUCUGAAUGUGACUGGUCCCAUCACUGCCAAUUCUGAACAGAUCGCCCGGCUGCGUAGUGAACUGGAUAUUGUUCGUGGGAACACACACGUGAUGUCUGAAAUGUUAACAGAAAUGGUUCCUGGACAGGAGGAUUCAUCAGACCUUGAGUUACUACAGGAAUUGAACCGAACCUGUAGAGCUAUGCAACAGAGGAUUGUGGAACUUAUCUCCCGAGUGUCCAAUGAAGAAGUCACGGAGGAACUGCUGCAUGUGAAUGAUGAUUUAAAUAACGUCUUCCUCAGAUAUGAGAGGUUUGAACGGUACAGAUCAGGCCGUUCGGCACAAAGCGCCAGUAAUGGAGUGCUGAGUGAAGUGACGGAGGAUAAUUUAAUAGAUCUGGGCCCUGGUUCCCCAGCUGUUGUGAGUCCAAUGGUGGGGAGCACAGCACCUCCAACUUCACUUUCCUCGCAACUUGCAGGGCUUGACUUGGGCACAGACAGCGUCAGUGGAACACUCAGCUCCCUUCAACACUGUAACCCUCGCGACGACUUUGACAUGUUUGCGCAGACAAGAGGCAGUUCCUUGGCUGACCAACGGAAGAGUGUGACGUAUGAGGAUCCACAGGCUGUCAAAGGACUGGCAUCUGCUCUGGAUGUUCGAAAACAAAAUACAGGAGGGAUCCCCGUUGCACAGUCCUCUGUCAUGGAUGACAUUGAGGAGUGGCUCAGUACCGACUUGAAAGGAGAAGAACUGGAAGAAGGCGUGACAAGUGAAGAGUUUGACAAAUUUUUAGAAGAACGAGCCAAAGCUGCCGAGACGGUCCCAAAUUUACCUUCUCCUCCGCUGGAGGCCCCCACUCCUCCUACGAAUCCUUCAGGCAGGAAGAAGCAGGAGCGCUCGGAGGAUGCCCUCUUCGCACUGUAAAGAGCACUCCUGGCUACCGUCCCCGUGCUCUGCGGAAGAAUGUCUCUGUACAGUCACAUUGUCCUCUCACCGUUCUUGGCUAACCAUGACCCCCUUACCCUCCUGGUUUCAUCAAUUGCUUCUCCUGCUUAUCUCUGAAACACCCCCCCCCUCAGCUGACUUUUGUAUUAAAGGCCAGCUCUGCUUCUGCCAGACCACAGUUCUCCAGCACUAGCUUAACCUGCCCCCCUCCCCAUUCCCAUCCAAACAGCUCUUAAUGCCGAAAACCCCUUUAAAACGCAUGAGUAUUUCUUUACCUUGUUGAUAUGAAAGUGUAGAGAGAGCAGCCUUGCCUUUGACUUACAUAGGGACCACCCCCUUCUGCAGGUAGGUGCUUCCGAAUAGGCCGGUCUGAGUGUCAAUCCGCAUGUAAUUGACUGAAACGGAAUGGAGAUGUAUUUUAAUUUUAGAUACAAAUGUCAAGCUAUCAGCUUCUAAUAGGUUUAGACAGCAAAGAACAACAGCUUUUCCCUUUCAACAUGUGCUUCACAAGUUACGUUUCGCCCCCCACCCCCAAAUCUCCUAGUACCGCAUGGUGGUUGCUUUUCUCCACUCUGUGGUGCUUCCAGUGUGUAGUCUCACGGGAUUUUUUUUCUGAGUUGAUCUAAGCUUGCUCUGAUUUGAAAGCAAUUUGUUAGCUUUGUCCAGCAGAGUCGUGAAUAGGAAAAUGCUGGGAUAAAUGGCUAUUGUAACACUAACUAUUAUAUGAAGUAUUUCACUCAUUGAGGGAGCUUUUCCCCUAUAGUAUUUUGUCUAGAAUGUGUGCCUUUUUAAAACCGUUACAUUUCUCCCUAGCUGGAGAAUACUUCUCCAGUAAUUAGCUCUGAUACUAAGCAGGCGCUGCCUUCAUCUCCUCAACUGUUUGAAUAACAUCCAUUUGCAUGGAUGGGACUGAAAGACGUAAUGAGUGUGACUGGCCACACUGGAGGGGCAUGUUUCCUGAAUGUCCCUGGUAUGCCCUGUAGCACUGGAGGGGUAAAAACAGAAAUGUUGUUAGAGGUAGGUCAUCAGAAAAAGGGGCCAGAGUUGUGAUUUCUUGUAGGAGACUUCCUAGACAAAUGGAUACUGGGGGAAAGAUUUUAACUGGCACUUUGGCUGUGCAUAUUGGAGAGGCCGUUCUUUAUUUUCCUGCUAGAAGGUUUGGGCUCAAACACUGGCUGGCUGCGGUCCCAUUGUAUGUAAUGUGAAAUAGACGUGGGAUG